GUGAACUCGGGCUCCACUGAGGGGGACCCGGUGCCGGCGCCUCCUCGUCCUCCGCCUCCUUGUGCGUGUGGAAGGGCGAACACCCCUGCUUCCCGACUCCUCCCUCUCCCCUCGGCCUGGGCUGCUGACAGAGCCUCUGGAAGCGGCGGCGCCCGCUCUUCGCCCGGGGAACCCUAGCCGGCGCUUAUGGGGCGGCCGUGGCGGGACUGAACGCGCCAGGCAGAGCUACGCGGGGGAGCCGCGAGGGGGGCUCCCCGCCGCCACAUACAGCCACGCCACUGCCGCGCUCUCCUCUGCCCGGUCAGCUCCUCCCGCGCUGAGACGGAAGCGCCCUCUCGCCCGCUGCCCGGUAGGAGGAGGGGAAGCGCCGCAGAGGGCACGGGGGCUCGGCGUUCUCCCCGGGAGCAGCCCUCACGAAGCAGAAGAGACCAUGGGGUGCAUUAAAAGUAAGGAAGAUAAAAGUCCUGCCAUGAACUAUAGAACUGAGAAUACUCCAGAGCCCAUUACUUCCCAUGUCAGCCAUUAUGGAUCAGAUUCUACCCAAGCAAACCAGUCACCUGCAAUAAAGGGAUCAUCAGUUAAUUUUAACAGCCAUUCCAUGACUCCUUUUGGUGGCCCAUCUGGUAUGACACCUUUUGGAGGAGCUUCUUCCUCUUUUUCAUCUGUGCCAUGUCCAUAUCCUAGUGGAUUAACAGGUGGUGUUACUAUUUUUGUGGCCUUAUAUGAUUAUGAAGCUAGAACUACAGAUGACCUGUCAUUCAAGAAGGGUGAACGGUUCCAGAUAAUCAAUAAUACGGAAGGUGAUUGGUGGGAAGCCAGAUCUAUUGCAACAGGGAAAAGUGGCUACAUUCCUAGCAAUUAUGUUGCUCCUGCAGACUCCAUUCAAGCCGAAGAAUGGUAUUUUGGAAAGAUGGGAAGGAAAGAUGCAGAGAGGUUGCUUUUAAAUCCUGGGAACCAACGUGGUAUUUUCUUAGUCCGAGAAAGUGAAACCACAAAAGGUGCUUAUUCCCUCUCUAUACGUGACUGGGAUGAGGUUAGAGGUGAUAAUGUGAAACACUACAAAAUCAGAAAACUUGACAAUGGUGGAUACUAUAUAACAACCAGAGCACAGUUUGAAUCUUUACAAAAGCUGGUCAAACACUAUACAGAUCAUGCUGAUGGCCUGUGUCAUAAAUUAACAACCGUGUGUCCAACUGUGAAACCUCAGACACAGGGUUUAGCAAAAGAUGCCUGGGAAAUUCCUAGAGAAUCUUUGCGAUUAGAAGUAAAGCUGGGCCAAGGAUGCUUUGGUGAAGUAUGGAUGGGAACAUGGAAUGGAACUACAAAAGUAGCAAUCAAAACACUAAAACCUGGUACAAUGAUGCCAGAAGCUUUCCUACAAGAAGCUCAGAUCAUGAAGAAGUUACGGCAUGAUAAACUUGUUCCACUUUAUGCUGUGGUAUCUGAGGAACCAAUCUACAUAGUCACUGAAUUCAUGACAAAAGGUAGCUUACUAGACUUUCUUAAGGAAGGAGAAGGGAAAUAUUUAAAGCUUCCGCAAUUGGUGGAUAUGGCUGCUCAGAUUGCAGAUGGUAUGGCCUACAUUGAACGAAUGAACUACAUUCAUAGAGAUCUCCGGGCGGCAAACAUCCUUGUGGGGGACAACCUAGUGUGCAAAAUUGCAGACUUUGGCUUAGCAAGGUUAAUAGAGGACAAUGAGUACACUGCCAGACAAGGGGCCAAAUUUCCAAUUAAAUGGACAGCACCAGAGGCUGCUUUAUAUGGUCGGUUUACAAUUAAAUCCGAUGUCUGGUCAUUUGGCAUUUUGUUGACAGAGCUCGUAACAAAGGGUCGUGUGCCAUAUCCAGGCAUGGUAAACCGAGAAGUUCUGGAACAAGUAGAACGUGGCUAUAGAAUGCCUUGUCCUCAAGGAUGCCCAGAAUCUCUCCAUGAAUUAAUGAAACUCUGUUGGAAGAAAGAUCCAGAUGAAAGACCAACAUUUGAAUAUAUUCAGUCAUUCUUAGAAGACUAUUUUACUGCUACAGAACCACAGUAUCAGCCUGGAGACAACUUAUAAGCCAGUCAACUACAUACCAUGCACAUAUCUGCCAAAUGUAAAAUAUUUUCAAAAAUUACUUUGCUGAUUGGAAGAACUCAAAGGAAAGGAAAUCACCAUUUGCAUGCUCUUGAUGGCUAGCAAACUGGAAUUUCAAAUUAUGGUUGCACAAAACCACUUUUUAAAGUGUUUUACCCAAAUGUAUCAAUGGCACAAUAUUUUUCUCCCUUAUUAUGUCAGGGCCCAAAGGAAGCAGAUAGAGAAAACUGGGUGGUAAGCAAGCAUUUUUAUUGCCAAGAAUGAAGCUGCUAACCUUUUUCUUUUUCUCAUCUGGCAUUUUAGCUGUAUUGCUAAAGGCAACAUGAACAGUUAGAUAAACCUGUGAAUGGAAAUGUUUAAGGAAUAACAAAGAAUGCUUUCAGGACCAAACAAUUCUAAUUUUCUACAAUGUCCUGUGUCCAGAAUGAAAUAAAGUUUUUUUUCCUUUAAAAUUUA